AUGUUUGCAAUAACUGUCGAGCUGGGCGUGUGGGAUUCGUUCUCGUCGAUUCGUAGUGUCGAAAUCAGAUGGGGACCAGCGUCCAGGCCUAAAGAGAAAGACAUGGGUACCCUCGGCAACUUCUUCCGAUCGUGCGCGGCGGGGGCUUCCAUCGUGGAGAAGAAGCUUCGGUCGAAGGCGCGAGAAGAUAAGAAAAAGAGAUGGAGGUGGACAUCAGACGGCUACCGCAGUUUUUCGUAUUUCGAUACAGACGGAUGAGAGCAUGCGGCAUCAAUGAUGGAAUGCGGGCGUCAAUGUCUCGACUAGGGCCCGUAAUUCUCCAAAACAUAACCAUCGUCGUGUGCCUUUCGUGGUCGAGGUGGUCGAGGUCGCAAAGGAGUCGAGACAGGCGGAAAGAUGAAGAGAAAGCAGAGGGAGGAGGCUCUGCAGGUGCGGUGGGGUGCUGACGAGGUAGGUAGGUGAUGUACCACGGAUGCCGUAUCAGCCUGUGCGUCGGAAAAUCCUCCGCACAGUGUUUGCGGCUUGUGUCCAGCCACCAAGUGUGUUGUUCCACACCGUAGUUGGAUAUAUAGCAAGACAGGCAUUGAUAGGGGACUAUCAACAUGGAGCCCUGGGGAGUCCCAAGACUUCAGGGAUUGGCAUGCCGGUCUUGAGCAAGUUGUCAACUGCACCGUGAGUCAUCAAGUAGUGUGCUUCCCAC